AUGGGCUCGACAGAAGUCACUGGCCCGCUCCUUACCCAGCUGCUAGAUGAGCAGGCAGAAGAAAUACCAGAACAGCUGUAUUGCAUUCAUCCAAUAUCACAAGAUUCCGACCAAGGAUGGCAUCAUAUAACUACGAAAGACAUGGCCAGGGCAGUUGAUCGCCUGGCUUGGUGGAUCGAAAAGAAACUUGGUGCAAAGGGAGAGAAGCAUGUGUUAGCUUAUAUCGGCACAAACGACUUGCGGUACGCAACCUUUAUACUGGCCUGUAUGAAAACCGGCCAUGCAGCCUUACUGCUUUCGACAAGGAACUCCCAAGUAGCAAACCAACAGUUACUGAGAACCACAAAAUGUUCAGUUCUGGUGGAUGGCUCUGAGAGAGCGAAUCUCCGCAAUAGGAUGAAUGAACUCCAUAAAUAUUGCCCAGAGAUAGAAAGGUGGCAUAUGGAUCCCAUUUGGGACAUUUUCUCUGCCGACUCUGUCCAACGCUACCCCCAAAAAGAGCCGUUCGAUGAGAUCGAAGAUCGGACCGCUGUUAUAAUCCAUAGCUCAGGAACAACCGGUCUCCCAAAGCCUGUUCGCAUCAGCCACGGAUAUCUAGCCACGUUAUUUUACAUGCAAGAAUUGCCUGUACCCGAAGGCCGUGAGACUACACAACUCUUCAUCCACGAGAAGGGACACCUUCGUUUCCAAUCCUCGCCAAUGUUUCAUUUCAUGGGCCUUGUCUGUAUAUCAGAAUGCAUUUUCUUUCGAACCCCAUUUCUCCUCGCGCCAGACAGGCCCUUGACGACUGACUUAUUCUCCCAAAUUAUGUCAUUGGAAAAUCCGCCAAAAUGGGGAUUGAUCGCGCCUUUUAUAUUGGAACAGCUUUGUGCGUCUGAAAAGGGCAGAAAGGCAUUGUCGAAACUCUCCUCUGUCAACUUCGGGAGCGCUCCGCUCUCAGCUGAUGCUGGGAAAACACUUUCAAGCUUGGUUCAGUUGCAGCAACUGUUUGGGAGCAGCGAGACUGGUUAUGCGGCGAAUUUGCGAUGCGAGGAUCCAGAGGACUGGAAUUAUCUGGAAUGGGUUCCCGCAUUCGGGACGAGGAUGGAUGACGCGGGCGAUGGGUUAUUCGAGCUGGUGCUAACUCGGACGAAAUCGCGCCGUUGCCAUGGGAUCUUCCAUACUGAUCCUGAUUUGACCGAGUAUAAAACGGGGGAUUUGUUUCGAGCGCAUGAUUCCAAGUCUGGAUUGUGGCUUUACCAAGGUCGCGGUGACGACAUCAUUGUAUUGACGAAUGGGGAGAAGUUCAACCCUACUGAAGCCGAGAAAGUAAUCGAAUCUCACUCCUUGGUCAAUCACGCGGCUAUUCUCGGUCAAGACAAAUUCCAGCCAUCGCUGCUCGUUGAACCCAACUGGAGAGACUUGCCGGAUGAUUGGACAAUUGAAUGGCUGCAGCAAGCUUUACAGUCAAAGAUUGACGAUGCAAAUGCUCUCUUACCAGGUCAUGGAAAAAUAUUUCACAGUCAUGUUGCGUUUGCAUCUGAGGAUAAGCCGUUCGCACUGUCGCCCAAGGGAACACUCCGUCGUCGAGAAAUCACAAAAACAUAUGAAUUUGUGAUUGAUCAACUGUAUACUCAUGAUAAUCAGUCUGCUAAAGGCCUUUCUGAGGCCCAAAUUCCAAAGUUGGGGGGAUCAAGUCUCAAUGAAAUCGAACAAUGGAUCCAAGAUGUAAUUUCGAACAUCAUCUCCUUGAAAACUGUCAAUCUCGAUGAUGAGGUUGUGGCACUAGGAAUGGAUUCUCUUCAAGUGGUCCGACUGAUCCAAGUCCUGCAGGAUACGGUUGAUGCAAUGAAAGCCCCAACUGAUCAACGGUGGACAAAUGCGCUCAUUUAUGAUCUUCAAACGCCACGGCGAAUCGCAAAUUCACUUCAUCACCAACUCAAUGGAGCCACCGCGGGGAGUGACGAAGCAGAACCGCACCAAAAUGCCGUGUCACGAGAAAAUAUGUUAGUCAGAUAUACCUGGGAGCAAUCUCAAUACCUCAGCUGCGGAGGAACAAGAGUCAUAUUGACCGGGUCAACUGGUGAGCUCGGAAGCUUCCUGUUAGACAGAUUGCUACGUGACCCAUCAAUCACUCAAAUAACUUGCCUAAAUCGCUCGGCGGAUGCCGCCGAAAGACAGUUGCAAAGUUUCCGGCAGAAGCAACUAUCCAGCUUCUGGCUCACCGAUACCACACGUGUAACAUUCAAACAGGCCAAACUGCACGAGCCGCAUCUCGGCCUUGAUCCGAACACAUACAAGAGACUGGAGAAGGAUACCUCCGUCAUUAUCCACAAUGCUUGGCCGGUAAACUUCAACCAAAAUCUCGCGAGCUUUGAGCCACAUCUUGCUGGUGUUCGAAGACUUUUGAACCUUGCCGAGCAUUCGGCUCUUCAACCAGAAUUCCAUUUUGUGUCGUCUAUCUCGACAGUGGCCGCUCAGUCCGGCGAUGCAGGACAGCGUAUUUUGGAGAGACCUCAAGACCCUUCCAGUGUUCUUCCGCAAGGGUACGCCGAGUCCAAAUUUGUGGCGGAGCGUCUUUGUGAGAUUUCCAGUAAACGGAGUGGAGCUAAGAUUGCUAUUCACCGUGUUGGUCAACUUAGUGGUCCUUCAAGUCUCUCAGCUGGCAUGUGGAACAUGCGAGAUUGGUUUCCGUCUCUUGUACGGUCUUCAUUGACGAUGGAAAAGUUGCCGGAUAGUUUAGGGUCAAUGCAGGUGGACUGGCUUCCAAUCGACACUGCCGCCCAGAUUAUUUCACAAAUAAUUGAUACUCGAAGGGCUAACCAGGCUUCGCCGUUCACAGUGUAUCAUAUCACGAAUCCAAAUGCCGUCGAAUGGAUGAGUAUCGCGCCUUUAGUGGCCAAAGCAUGCCGCGCAGAAUUGGUGCCAUUAAAUGAAUGGCUGCAGAGUGUGAAAAGCCGCGCAUUUGGAUCCGAGUCCGAUGGAACUGAUCUGCAUGAUCUACCAGCAACACAGCUUCUGGACUUCUUCACCGGACUGGCCAGUGCCAACAACCGAGCUCCACCACCGAUAGAUGUGAGCAACUCGACGCGCGAGUCGGAGACGCUGGCUGUACUGGGAUCAGUAGGCCCGGAGUUGAUGAAGAUUUGGUUGAAACAAUGGAAAGAUCGGAUGCCGGGGCUAGCUCUCGAGGAGCUGGACGGAGCAAUGUGA